AUGGCAGUCACUACCAGCACUCAAGUUGAGCUUCAACCCCCUGGCUUGACAGCUGUCAACUCAAAUGACAUCCUCCUUGAGUUCUCUAUUGGUGAUGAAGAACGUCGAGCUCUCAUCAAAGAGAGAGCAGGGGCAUCCCUUCACGUUCCUGGGUUACAUCUCAGUACAGCCCAUCACCGCAGGGGUCCGAGUCCUGAUGCGAGGGCAGAGUUCCGCGAGACACUGCUGGAUGGCUUGCGCCAGCGGUGGCAAGACCCGUUGACUGAGGCGCAAUUCUUGAAGUUGGCACGAGACCUUGAUCGGAAUGGUGCCAGUCUAUACAGUGGGCUCAUUGGGAUGGUGAGCUUCCGGACGCUAAUCGAGAAUUACACCAAGGCUCAGGGCGGUACCGGAAACAAAACAUUCUUACACUCCUACGUCAAUUUCGCGGAUCAUCCUGACUUCUUGACUGACGCACGGUAUAAUGACGCUUUUGCUCACCCAUUGCUUGUUGCACUGAUUUCAUAUCAAAUGGGUGGCGCUCUCAGGCUGAACGAUGUUCGAGGCAAGGAUACAGAUCCUAUCUCUGUUAAUGCACAAGACAACAUGCUGCAUAUUGAUAAUACUCCAUUUCGGGAUGAAUACAAGAUUCUGUUGUGUUGGAAGCGUAACGAGCCUGUCGGACCAUCGGGUCAGAAUUUCACGUUUUUGCCGGGAACACAUAAAGGGAAUCGGGAUAUCUUGGUCGGCCAGGAUGGACAACCCUGGUCAACAGAGCGCGACAGCUUAUUUGUCACCGAUGCCGCAAUUGAUGGCAUUCUGUCAUUCCAGCAGGAAGCAGUUGGUCGACCCUCUAUGGUUGUUGAAGUACAAGUGCCAGAUGCUCCUGUGAGUGUAGCAUUUGCUGCAGGUGCCUUAGUUCACCAACGCUACCGUACAGAAGCCGGUGAUCCCAGAAGCUGCGUAAUCUGCUCUUUUCAUGUUGCGAACGACAACCCAGGCUCAUUGAUCACCUCUCGUCCAUCUGAGUACCAGCCCAAGUCUCUGGUGGAUUUGUUGAUGAGUCCACAAAACAAACAUACAGCUUCCCAGUUCCUUUCUAUGCUGUUGGAUGAAGCGACUAAGAUUGAAAACAAGAUCAAAGAUUUGCAUAUUUCUGAUCAUGCAAGUCGAUUGAUUGAUAUCAAUUCCCUCGCGCUGACAGAAGAUGCGUUGGCUCGCUGGAGGCAAUCCGUUGUCUUUGCCCCAACUGCAUCCACUAUCAAAUUCACAAGGAACAUUUAUCUCUCAUCAGCCCAGCCUCGUACCCAGGAGGAUUUUAUCAAAACUCUUGCAAUUGCUAUGGCAUACGACAAGCAUGGUCUGCUGCAAUUGAUUUUGUACGAAGACGGCCGCGAGGAAAUCCGUAAGAUCUCACGGAAGAAGAUUGGGGAAAUGAGACAAAAGACUCUAGUGCAACAUCUUCAUGACUGGUCGUAUGUGUUUUCCAAACAAAAAUUUGAUUCCUCUGAUCUCCCUUUGCCGAGUGAGCUGAGGGAUAUGUCAGAUGUUAUCGGGGAUUUGGCGAAAGCAAGGCUCCAUGAAGUGGAGACUAGUAAGGAUGAAAAAUUGGCGCAAGCUGAUCUUGUUAUGCUGACCUCACUUUGCCGCUUAAUAUACGAUAUGGGCGAGGCAAUCAUGCGCUGUGAAAAGAUGGAAACUUUCGUAUCUACCAGUCUCUUCAUGUUUUGGACAACCUCUUAUGUCGUUCCCUAUCUUCGUGGAGAGCGGAAAAGAUGGGCGAGAUCCAUUGCUAGCAAUUUCCUACGUAAUUACAUUUCAAGUGUUCUGAUACUUGAAAGAAUGUAG